AUGUACAAUUGUAGAAAUAUAGUUUCAAGGAGGUUUAAAUCAAUAAACUAUUUAACUUCAUCUGUACCAACUAAUAUUACAACUAAUAUUUACAAAAAUAGCCUUAAAUCGAAUAGUAACGAACAUGAACAUGGACAACGGACCAUUACAACUGAUUUAUCAUAUCUACAAAAACAAAUUAUUAAUCCGCUAGAAUUAAAUUCUGUAUUUCUUAAUGAUGGUUAUGAAAAUUUUACAGAUCAACAAAGAUUAUUUGCUAGUAAUUUUUUCACUAAAUCUAAAAUUAAUUUAGAUUGGACUUUGGCUGAUUUUAAUCAAAUUCCAGAUAUAAAAUAUAAAAUACUAUUAACAGAAAGAAAAGAAACAAUUUCAAAUUUACCUUCUAAUAAAUAUGCUGAAAAUUUAUCAAGAUCAAAAAAAACAUUUGGUAUAAAGCCUGAAUUACUUAAAGAAUCACCCGAAAUUUUAAUUAUGGGUCAUACAAAUGUUGGAAAAUCUUCUUUAAUCAAUACAUUAUUAAAUAAAUCAUCAACUAGUUUACGAUCUGAUCAAUUAGCUUAUGUUUCAAAACAAGCAGGUUAUACAAAAACUUUAAAUGCGUUUAGAAUUUCAAAUAAAUUUAGAUUUAUUGAUAGUCCUGGUUAUGGUAAAAAAGGUGAUCCAAUUCAAGGUAAAUUAGUAAUUGAUUAUAUUACAAAUAGGCAUUUAUUGACAAAAAUCUUAUUAUUAAUUGAUUCAAAUAAAGGUUUUCAAUUACCUGAUGAAAUUAUUAUAAAUCAAUUAAUAAAUCAAGGAAUACCAUUUGAUAUAGUGUUUACCAAAGUUGAUGAAGUAUUAUCAUCAUUCAUUCCAAAGAAAUAUUUUAAAGAAUUAAAUGCUAAUACUUUAAUUGAAGAAUCAAAUGAAAAAAUAUUAAAUUAUUUUAAUAAAUUAAUUGAUAAUUCAGGUUUAAAAAACAUUUCAAUGAUACCAAGAUUUAUGUUCAAUAAUGCAAAUAGCAACAGAUGUAUUCGAAAACCACUAGGAAUCAAUGAUAUAAGGUGUAAUAUCCUUGAAAGUUGUCGAUUACUAUAA